UUGACCGUGGUUCUAUAACCUGGUUCCAACAUACAGGCGGCAACGUUUCUCAAACGAAACCUCAAACUCAAUAGUAACAUUUAUACAUUAAUAGGGAGUGCUCUUCUUUAUUUUCUUCCACAGGAACCAGCAGGUUAAACUGGUUUAAACCGGUGAACACUGUUGUUGUGUGUUGUUGUUAUUGGAGGUCACAGCGCGUCUCCAGUUGAAAACCAGACGUCCAGAGAUGCUUUCCCCGGGCAUGACCGUCUCUUCCCGGCUGCUGAGGCCGAUGUCGAGGCUGGGCUCGACAUCGCAUUGCAUCUGGCUGGGCUCUGACGGAAGAGCCGCUAGCUCUCAGCACAAAGAGUUGAUAAAGAAUCAUGAACUGGAGAAAAAUGAGCCCCGCCCCCUCUACAUGGACUUCCAGGCCACCACGCCCAUGGACCCCCGGGUGCUGGACGCCAUGUUGCCCUACCAGGUGAAUUACUACGGUAACCCUCACUCCAAAACUCACGCCUAUGGCUGGGAGAGCGAGAGCGCCAUGGAGGUGGCCAGGAAGCAGGUGGCUGAUCUGAUUGGAGCAGAUCCCAGAGAGAUCAUCUUCACCAGCGGAGCCACCGAGUCCAACAACAUGGCUAUCAAGGGCGUGGCCCGGUUCUACCAGACCAAGAAGCGUCACGUGAUCACCACGCAGACGGAGCACAAGUGUGUGCUGGACUCGUGUCGAGUUCUGGAGUCCGAAGGAUUCAGUAUCACCUACCUGCCGGUCCAGCCCAACGGACUGGUGGACCUGGAGCUGUUGGAGGCCUCGAUCCGUCCUGACACCUCUCUGUUGUCGGUGAUGACCGUCAACAACGAGAUCGGAGUCAAGCAGCCCAUCAAGGAGAUUGGUCAGAUUUGUCGCUCUAAAGGAGUCUUCCUCCACACUGACGCCGCUCAGGCUGUCGGAAAGAUUCCCGUCAACGUCACGGACUGGAAGGUUGAUCUGAUGUCCAUCAGCGGCCACAAGAUCUACGGACCUAAAGGUGUGGGUGCUUUGUACGUGCGUCGCCGGCCCCGAGUGCGCAUGGAGCCGCUGCAGAGCGGUGGCGGGCAGGAGAGGGGGCUGCGCUCCGGCACCGUCCCCACCCCGCUGGCUGUUGGGCUGGGAGCCGCCUGCAGCAUUGCACAGCAGGAGAUGGAGCAUGAUCAUCACAGAGUGUCCAUGCUGGCUAAUCGUCUGGUCCGUAAGCUCACGUCUGAGCUUCCUGACGUCAUCAUGAACGGAGAUGCAGAACAACGCUACGCUGGCUGUGUCAACUUGUCCUUUGCUUAUGUGGAGGGAGAGAGUCUGUUGAUGGCGCUGAAGGAUGUCGCUCUGUCAUCUGGGAGUGCGUGUACGUCAGCCUCUCUGGAGCCGUCGUACGUCCUCCGAGCGAUCGGAACAGAUGAAGACCUCGCUCACUCGUCCAUCAGGUUUGGUAUUGGCAGGUUCACCACAGAAGCAGAGGUGGACUACACAGCAGAGAAAUGUAUCACGCAGGUCACGCGGCUCAGAGAGAUGAGUCCUCUGUGGGAGAUGGUUGAAGAAGGCAUCGAUCUGAAGAGCAUCAAGUGGACGCAGCACUAGACUCCUCCCACUUCCUGGCUGACGACGAUGAUGAUGACGAUACAUUCCCAGGGAACUCUGGGAAUGUACUAGCUUUACCUUCCUGUACACAAACACGCACAAACUUCCUGUCUGACUUGAAGUCUGUUUGUAACUGCAGCUCCGUGUCUCCUUAGAAGCUCCCUUUGUUACUCUGUCAGGAGAUUGUUGAUCGGAGGUUGUUGUAUGCCGUUCUGUGACCCCGCGGUCCUCCAUCACAGAGUCAGUUCAUCUUUAUCUUUAUUUGGGUUUACCUGGCUUCACUUUCAGUUAUCUCUGGGUUCACUAAUCCAGCUCUGAACUUGGUCACAUGAAACAGGAUCUCUUAAGUGCAGCCUGUCGCAUACAACACCAUGAACUACUUUAUAUGAUAAGAGAUGAAACUGUGAAACCUGCAGGGAAAUAUAUAUAUUACUGAUGCAGUAAAAAGUGGUUUACUGCAAGGGGAAAGACAUAAUCACACAACUAGAAUAAAAUAAGAAGCUAUUUAUAGGAUUAAUGCUCAGCUAUUAAAAGCUAAGGCUGUAAAUCUACUGAUCUAUAAUCAUGUCUCUACUGCUCUUUAUUACUCGUCACUUCAUUUGUCUCUCUCAGGAUCCUGUAGGAAUGAUAACGAAUCAAUUUUUCCAGUGAUUGAUUGGGGCGUACUGGACUGUUGUUGAUGGGUUUUGAUCUGAACUUCUGCACCGCAUUAACGUGACCCAGUUAACAUUCCCAAUACGUCUUUGAGUCAGAAUCUUUCAGCUGGUGAUACACAGAUUGUCUCCUGCUCUGUUCACAUGCGAUACACUCUCCUCUCAGUUUUGCUUCCUCUUCAUCAGGUUUCAGUAUUCCGUAAACCGCAGCAUCAAGUCAGUUCAUCAGCAGUGUUAGCAUCCGCAGUACUUUGAUUAGUUUUGUUAAAGUCUGGAACGUACUACAACACUACACUUGAUUUGACCACAACGGAUGAGGUCCGGUCUCACAUUCUAACUGAGACCAUCGUGUUACUGAGGUUGUCGAGGACAAUCUGAAAUAUUCUGUUGAUAACUGGGUUUUCAAAGUCUUGUAUUGUGUUCCUGGAUGUUCCAUCACAUUUGUUAGACUCCAUCUACUGUUACUCUUCAUGAUAUACAAUCAUUAUAAUCCAAUAAAGUGCUGCUUCCUGGUUAUGCAAUGAA